UCGAGGUCUUCCGAUUAGGUUUCCGGGCACGGAUCGUGGAACGUUCUCGAAGCUUCUUCCCUCUUACUGUUCCAAUUUCGCAAAGGAGUUGUUUUGGUGAUUUGGGAACUGAGAAAAUUUUCACUUGGAAUCAGCAACAAAUUUACAGUGGAUUCACCUGCAAACCCAGAAGCAAAUGUCUUUUCAAAAUAAGGGAUUUUGGACGGUAAAGGGUUCAGGACACAUUAAUGACAGAGAGACAACUUUUGAUAAUCCUUCCAAAGUUGAACCAAAACGACCUCAUCAGUGGUUUGUUGAUUCUGCUGAAGUGGAUCUUUUUCCAAACAAGAAGCAAGCAGUAGAAGAUGUAAAUGGAAAAUCAAGUUCGGGAUUUUCAAAUGUCAAUUAUCCUCCUUGGGACAACAGCUCUGGUUUUUCGGUAUCAAAUAUUGUUGAUCAGUUAUUUGGGUCUGAAACCAGGCAGGUCAAUGUCAUUGAAAAGAAUGUUUAUGUUCCAGCUGGUAGCUCUAAUGUCAGAUCAAGGGCAAUGACUAAUCAGUAUGGGGACAAUUCCUCUAUUGGCUUGUCUAUCUCUCAUUCAGUUGAAAAUUCGGAAGCACCUCUAAAUUAUGGUGGAGUUAAAAAAGUUAAAGUAAGUCAGGUUAAGGAUAUUGAUGGUGUGCGACAUCAUCCUGAGGGACUUAAUUACAAUAUGCAAAGCAAUGGUGAUCUACAUCAGGUCUAUGGUGGGGAAAUUGAUAAGGAUGGUAAUGUAACUUUAAUGGGUCUUGCCUAUAACGGAGGGGAUGUUCAUGUGAGAUCUUCUGGUGCCCCCUAUGGCAAAGGAGGUGACACAGGCAUGUCAUUUGGUACUGAUUCCUAUAGCAAAGAUAACACAAAUGUGAUUCCAUUUGGCGGGUUCCCGGAUGAACGGGGUAUUAUCCCUGCUGGUAGGCCUGCUGCAGAUUAUGAUCAAUUAUAUAAUCAAUCUUCAGUCCAUAUUCCAGGAGCAGGUCAUGAGAAAGAGUUGGAUGCAUCAAAUCCUGGUGCAGUUGCAAAUACUCCUCAAGUAGUAAAACAAAAGUCUGAAACUGUGUCCAAGAAUAAACAAGAGUCCAAAGCAAACAAGAAAGAAUCUCCAAACAGCUUCCCAACUAAUGUCAGGAGCUUGAUAUCUACUGGUAUGCUGGAUGGUGUUCCUGUAAAGUAUGUGUCGGCGGCCCGUGAGAUGAAGGAACUUCGUGGAAUUAUAAAAGGAUCUGGCUAUCUUUGUGGGUGUAAGAAAUGCAACUAUUCGAAGGCUCUGAAUGCAUAUGAGUUUGAGAGACAUGCUAAUUGCAAAUCAAAACAUCCAAACAAUCACAUUUAUUUUGAUAAUGGGAAGACCAUUUAUCAAAUAGUACAGGAAUUGAAGAGUACCCCUGAAAGUAUGUUGUUUGAUACAAUUCAAACUGUCUUUGGUGCACCAAUUAAUCAGAAAGCAUUUCGCUAUUGGAAAGAAUCUUACCAAGCAGCAACGCGUGAGCUUCAGCGCAUUUAUGGAAAAGAAUAACUUAAAAAUCUAACUCCCGAAGCCUUUGUGAAAAUGCAACCUAGUUUAGAACUCGUGUGCAGAAUAAUGUCUUCAUUUUUAGUAUUUUUCGUUCUAUGACUCGGCAAACUCCAGUAAACUAUGGACCCUUGUGGCCUUGCUUAGUAUAUUGGAAGCUUCAUUUUAGCAUUUUAACAGAUCAAAAGAAUUAGGUGCUUUGGACAGAAUUAUAUGUGGCAUUAUCGUGAAAGCCAAGGUUAAUGUUGAUUAGUAAUUUAAAGGAGCAAGACUUCUGGACU